CUCCCAAACACACAACUUCCCACCCAACAUUUGAAAUUUCGAAUAUCUAAAUCCUCACCCCCACUUCGAGAGUGGAAACUGGAAAACCAUGCCCGCCUCACUCAUGGCCCUCUCCACGGAACUUCGCCUCCAAAUCAUAUCCUAUGUCCUUCUUUCCCCACCCUACCCACUCCCAGUCCCCUCUACAUCCCCCACACCAACCCGCACAACCCUUCCAUCCUUCGCCCAAGAGAAUACUCGUACAAGCACCAAUCCCUUCGUCGUAUGGCGCGUGGAGUCCAUUCCAACCCACAACCUAUCACUACUUCCCCUCCUCUUGACAUGCCGGCAAAUCGCCGCGGAGACAAGGGACGUCGUGUCGCGACACAAUAUCGCGAUAAUUGACUUCGCGGUGGUGGACAGGUGGUGGAUCCUGCCGACUCCACGCUACAUUCCGCUUCACACAACGAUCCGAGAGGAAGGAUUGGUACGAAUCGGGCCCGGGGUGGGCGGAAAGAAGAAAAAAUGGAACGCGGAGGGUGGAGGCGAGCCCCAUCAUCUCAACGAUGUGGAGGUUAAUGUCACGCUCUACCAUACCAUGGAAGACAGAGAGUAUAGAGGACUGGACCCGGAGAGAACUUUGCCUAUACGUGCGCCAGUGGGUGGGGUGGUGAGGUAUCUGGAGACUUUGCUUCGGCCGAAUAUCGAAUGUCGGAAGGAAUCUGCUGGGAGAGAUGGUGGCAUUGGAGUAAUAAGAUUGAAUUUUGAGACGGAGAGGAGGGAUUGGCAUCGCCCGAUUCCGGAGGCGGAGUUGCCAGUGAGGUUCAGCAAGGAGUUUAAGCAUUUGGAUUUGAGCACGCUUAUGCCGAUGGUUGGGGAUGAUGCGAUGAUGUUCGUGGAAGGAUUUAGGCACACGUUGGGAAAAUUCGUUGAGGAAUCAAAGGAAUCAAAGGAGUGGAGGUGGGGGGAAUUAUUCAAGAUCUGUAAGGAUAUUAUUAUAACAGUGAAUGGGGGGAAGGAGGAGAGUGUGUUUGCUGUGGAGAGGAGCGAGUGAGGGUUGUGGUUGGAUGAAGGAAACAGGAGCGAUCAAGAUGCUGUUGCUUCUACUCGGGCUCUGGCCAACAAGAAUGCUCCUACCAUUGACGUCCUGAACGUGAAGGCAUAGAGAACGAAAGAUACGAACAGAGAUGAGGUACCUAUGAUUCAGCGUCGGUGUAAAACAUGUGCACUGGAGUGAUCGGAAGAAGACCACGAGAACAGCACUGAAGUAGAAAUAAGGUA